AUGAACGCGUCGUCGUACGUCGCCGGCACGCCCUGCAGUGAGUGGAGGGGAGGGGGGGGAGAGCGGGGAGGCGGAGUUGAAGCAGUGGGGAAUGGCGCGGGAGAGCGAAAGGGGCGGGGAAAGCGGAAAGUGGGAAUUGGAAUGGAGGGGGGCGGGGGAGAGAUGGCGACGGGGAUUGAAGGGGAUGAUGAUAACAUGUGCCACUCCUUCCCGCUCCCUCCCGCACGCCCCGCGCCCUUCCCCUCCAUUGGCCCUCGCGUCCCGCUAAUCUGUCCACUUCUUACCCCCCCCCCGCUCUUCUCCCCCCCUACCCUCACCGCCCUUCCCGCGCCCGCCUCUUACGUCGGGGGCAUCAACUCGUUUCAGCACGCGCUUCGAGGGCCCCUUGGACUGCUUCCGCUGCCGCAGGCCACUCCGCUCCUGCCACGUGGGCUUCCGCGCGGCGGACCCAUCACCGUCCCCGCUUCUUCCGCCGCCUCCUUCCGCAUUUCUCUCGUUUCCGCCUCUGCGCCCCUCUCCUUCGACUUUCUCCCCUUUUUGCGCGCCGGGGCCGGUGACGGAAUCGGCGCGCUGUAUUCCCGUUCCUGCUUCCCGACCGUCGUCGCAUCGGCGCGCUUCGACAGUCGGGGCGGCAAAAUCCGCCAUCUCUCCUCCUCCUCCGGUCGACGUCCCGCGUCCUUCCUGACGGUUUUCUACCGAGCCGCCGCUCUGUUCGGCUUCCGCCAAGCGCUCUUCUCGCAAUUCAUCUUCGAGUCGCGCGUACGCGUCGCCUGCGACGCACCCGGAAGGCACGAAGCAAAGCGGAACCGCCUCGAGAGGCAAGCAGCCGGGUGA